GAGUAGCUAAACAUUAUCGACCUUUGGACACUGGUGCGCAGGAGAACCCCUAGCUGUCAAUCAAACAGGCGCGGUGAACGGAUUAUGACGCAACAAUACAGCUCCAGAACAGAGAAAGUUCAUGCCAAAGUUAUUAUUCGGUUCCACACUAAAACUGAGGUUUGACACGUGUGAUUUGAGAAAUAAAACUUGUAGACCUUUCCUGCAGUCUCUGAGGAGAUGGACAGCUCUUCUUCUUCUGGACGAUCUCCGUCUCCUACUGGGACUGUCUUCUUACCCCCUCCUAUCAUAUGGAACAGUCUCUACAAGCAGGCAGAGAUGGAGGUUCACUUCCCGAGAGAAGAGAAGAAGACCUAUACAGAGAAGGAAGCCCACAUGCUUGAGUUGAUGGGGAAGGAUCGAACAAUCCGAAAUCAGAAGAAGGAGAUGGACAGACUUCAAGUGUGCCUCUGGGAGGAGGAAAAGAAGAAGAGGAAUGGUGGAACGGAGGACAAGAUCAUUGAACAAUUACAGUCUGAGACAGACCAUCUCAGAGCCCUUUUAAAAGAUGAAAGGAGGAGAAGAAGAGUAGAAAGGGGUAUAAUGAAAGAGUGGAAGGCUGAGAUCCUGAGACUGAGGGAGGCAGAGAGCCAGAGGGAGGCAGAGAGCCAGAGGGAGGCAGAGAGCCAGAGAGAGAGGAAGAGAUUUAAAAUGAAGCAAGAGAUUGAGAGAUUGAGGCUAUGGCAGAAAGUCAUGGAGGAGCAGCGACCAAGACUGGCCUGGAACAACAAACCUAUUGAAACAGGAAGAGAGAGGGAAAGAGAGAGAGAAAGGGAGAUGGAAAGUGAGAGAAAAGCAGAAUUGGAAAGACAAGAAAUGAAGAAGAAAGUGGAACAGGCAGAAGAAACGAUAAAAGCGUUAGAACGAGAGAUUGAGAGAUUGAAAGAGAUUGAGAAGGAAAUCAUAUUGGAAAGAGAAAGAGACAUGCGUAUUGCAGAGAAUGAGAAAGUCAAACUGGUUAACAAAAAGGUAAAAGAGUUAGAGAGAGAGGUUGAGAGACUGAAAGAAGAUAUGACAACAAAAGAGAUUCAAUACAAAAUCAAAUUUGAAAGAGCGAAAGAAGCGUUUAGAAGACAGAAUGAGAGAGUGAAACAGGUUAACCAAAAUGUACUAGUGUUAGACAGAGAGGUUGUGAGAAUGAAAGAAGAGAUUAGAUUGAAAGACGAGACUGAACCAGAGAGAACAUUUGAUAGAGACAGAGAGAGAGAAAAUGAUUGGAGACGAAGUGAAGAGGAGAUGAAAAAUAGAGUGGAGAGAGAGAUGGAGAUGGAGACGGCCCUCAUCAAUGACAAAAAGACGUCUGAAUUGGAGGAAGUCUUCAAGAAAAUCAAGGAACAGCAGAUAGAAUUAGAAAAUAUGGAAACAGACAAAUAUAAAUGGAAACAGAACCAAAUGGACAUGGAGGAGAAGAUGGAGGGUGAGCACAACAAACAGAAAGAGGUAGAAAGAAAGAGAAUGGAGAAAAUACCAAAACAGAGACAAGAAGAAGAUGAGAAGAAGAAGGAGAUGGAGAGAGAAGAAGAAGAGGAGAGACGCAAACAGAAGCACAUAGAGAUGGAAGAGGAAGAAAGAGAGAGGGAGAAAGAGAGACAGAGACAGAUCAGAAGACAGAGAAUGGAGAAGAGACAGAAAAUUAUGGAAAGAGAAGAAGAGAGACAGAGAGAGAUUGAAAGAGAGCACAAAGAAGAAAGAUGUAAACAGAAGAAAAUAGAGAUGAAAGAGAAAGAAAGAGAAGAAGAGAGACAGAGAGAGAUUGAAAGAGAUCAUGAAGAAGAAAGAUGUAAACAGAAGCAAAUAGAGAUGGAAGUGGAAGAACGAGAGAGGGAGAAAGAGAGACAGAGAGAGAUCAAAAGAAAGAUAAUGGAAAAGAGACAAAAACAUAUCGGAAGAGAAGAAGAGAGACAGAGAGAGAUUGAAAGAGAGUAUGAAGAAGAAAGAUGUAAACAGAAGCAAAUAGAGAUGGAAGAGGAAGAAAGAGAAGAAGAGAGACAGAGAGAGAUUGAAAGAGAGAAUGAAGAAGAAAGAUGUCAACAGAAGCAAAUAGAGAUGGAAGAGGAAGAAAGAGAAGAAGAGAGACAGAGAGAGAUUGAAAGAGAGAAUGAAGAAGAAAGAUGUCAACAGAAGCAAAUAGAGAUGGAAGAGGAAGAACGAGAAGAAGAGAGACAGAGAGAGAUCGAAGAGAAAGAGAGACAGAGAGAGAUGGGAGAGAAAGAAAGACGACAAAAACAAGAGGAGAGAAAGAUAAUGUUUGAGAGAGAUCAAGAAGAAGAAAAUAUAUGGAAACAGAAGCAAAUUGACAUGGAGAAGGAGGGAAGAGAGGGGGAGAACAAGAGACAGAGAGAGAUAGAAGAGAUACACAGACGACAACAACAAGAGGAGAGACAGAAACAAAAGGAGAAGGAGAAAGAAAGGGAGAAAGACAAUGAGAAUCAGAGAGAGAUGGAAAUAAAAUAUCAGCAACAGAAAGAGAUGGAGAAAGAAAGGAUGAUUAUGAGAGAAAGGGAGGAAGCAGGAAGAAGAAAGGAGGGAAAUAAAAAUAUUUUGGGGGAAAUUGAGGGACAGAAUGAUCUGGAGAUAGAACAGGAGAGAGAGAUGGAAGAAAAGCAGGAAGUGAUUAAGGAAGCAGAGGAAGAGUACAGGGAAAGAGAAGAGAGAGGAAAGGAAGUAAGCAUGAAGAAACAUGUAGUAGUUAAUGUUAAAGCAAAAGCACGGGAAGUCUUCAAUAGGCGUAAAGAGAGGAGGUUAGAAGUGUUGAAGGGGGAACGAGAACACAUAGAAAGAGGACAACAAAUCAGGAGGGAGAAGGAGGAAAGACGGCUGGAGAUGGAAAGAAAACAGGAGAGGGAAAGACAACAAGAGGAGCAGGAUAGAAAACAAGAGAUUGAAAUUGCUAGACAGAAAGAAAUGUUCAGACUAAGAGAGGAGGAGAGGCAGAGCGAGGAAGAGAGAGAGGAGCAGAGAAAGAGAGCCAUUGAAGGCCAUUUAGCUUUAAUCAGAGAGAGAGAGAAGAUUUUAGAGGUAAAGAAAAAAGAGGAGAUGGGGGGGCCAGACAGCCAGCAGCUAGAAGCUCCAGAAGAGGCUGAAACAUCAGAGCCAACCUCCAAGACAAAGAAAAAGCCAAGCAUCUGGAAGAAAAUUAGGAUGAGCAUUCCUGACGUACUGUCUGCCUAGAAGUGGAACUCGAUGAAGCCAAAGUUCCACUGAGGUUACGUUGGUAAUUAAAAGUGUCGCCCAAUAAUUCCUCCUCCUCUUUAAGUCAUCGAGCCACAUUUCCUCCUCAAAACAUUAUAGUCUCCUCAAGCCAGCAAGUAUCCUCUUUAUCAGGCAACAAACCAUCGAAGGUCAGUGACCCUCCUCCCAAGAACAGAGACUCUCAUCUGUAUCCUAGUUAAAUUCAUCUCUGCUUACCACCUCUACAGUCCUAGAAAAUAUCCCAAAAAUGGAAAUGGUUUCAACAGAAGUCCUCCCCUCAGACCAGUGGCUCCACAGACCAGAGUUUCUCAUCUUUAUUCAAGUUGAAUGCAACUCUGAUCAUUUCCACCACCUCUCCUGUUAA